AUGGCUCAAGCUGCACCUCUGGCCGAUCGCGGCCCGACCUCUCUCGCGUCCAAGAACCCCUUCCGCAACCUUGUCUCAGAGAAUAACUCCGCCAGACAUAUCUCGACAAACCCCUUUCUCGACUCCAAUGAGAUCUCGUCCACGGACAUGGCCAAUAGGGCCGCGCCUCCAGUUGGCACUGGAAUGACAGCAAGUCGGUCCAACGCGUCUGAUAAGACUGCAGAUAUAUUUGCCACCCUCGACAUAAAUGAUCCCGCAAAGCCACCACAGCCUCACGCGAACGGCGCCCCCCCUCGACGAGAAAACAUCGCGCCUCGACCAUAUCCACCUCGGGGGCCUCCCUCACGCCAUAGGCCUAGCAAUUCGGACGAAGAGCGUCGGCGACAACAAGGAAAACCUCCUGCCCCUUCCCAGGAACUCAACAUUUUCGCAGAUCCCCCCGACGUGAAUCGUCCGCGCGAAAGACGUCCACAACCUCGACGCAACUCUGAGUCUUCUAUCAGGGAGAAACCCAGAGAUUUGGAUCCCGAAGCAGAGAGAAGGAGACGAGAAAGGAGAUUACGCGAGGGGAAAGGCUCACACAGGUCAAAGAAGCCAAAUGCGAGAUUGGAUCUCAUCGAUAAAUUGGAUGUCACCAGUAUUUACGGCACUGGCUUAUUCCAUCACGAUGGCCCAUUCGAUGCAUGCAACCCCCAUCGAAACCGCAAAGGCCUCAAGCAGGCGCCUAUGCAAGCAUUUCCCAAGGAUUCGUUGAAUAUGCAACUUGGUGGCUCCGGUCCUGUGAAUUCGAAACUUAACCUGGACCAAUAUCACGGGACCGGACGGGAGGCGAACCUUGACUAUAACGGUGCGGCAGUCUACGAAGAGGAAGCAGACUAUGUGCGAAGACCACUACCAGAGAGAAGCGCCAGCUUUAACCCGACCGCCAGGAUUGAACCGGUACAUGGCAGCGAGACGGCCGGUCUUGGGACGAGCACAUUCUUGGAAGGCGCGCCUGCCAGUCGAGCCGCGAUUCAGCGUCGUGACAGUGAGCAAGAAGCCGCAGAACAGGCCAAUGCUGCUGGGUUGUCGCGCAAAAAGAGUCUGGCACAGAGAAUCAAAGCUGUGCGCCCAAAGGUAGCUGAAGGGGGCCGAAUGACCUCGCCUGAGCCAGCAAUCACCCCCAACAGCCCCAUGGGGACUGCCAAGUCGGAACAGAACGGUGUCAAUCCGUUCUUCAAAGACUACGACAAAGAAUUCGAGAAGAAAGGCGCUCAGAUCGCCUUCGGGGAAGAACAAGCAAAGAACAUCGGUCGAGCCAGAGCACCGUCCAGCCCGAAGCGAGGUGGGCUGGCCCUCGAAAGAAGAACGACGACCGAGAGCACCGGCCCUCCGCCUGACGAUGCUAAAUCCGGCGCUGCUGGAUUCCUCAGUCGAGUCAAGAGCAUCAAAGGGGGGCGAAGCAGGCCGCGCGAGAGGAGAAACACCGAGGCCUCUACCUGA